AAAAGGCAGGCAGAGAGCAGAGAGGCACAGAGUCCGGCAUUGGUCCCAAGACAGCCAGUUCGCCCGCCGCCUGUCUGUCUGUCCCCAGAGCCAUGGAGAGAGCCAGUCUGAUCCAGAAGGCCAAGUUGGCAGAGCAGGCCGAACGCUAUGAGGACAUGGCAGCCUUCAUGAAGAGCGCCGUGGAAAAGGGUGAGGAGCUAUCCUGCGAAGAGCGAAACCUGCUCUCAGUGGCCUACAAGAAUGUGGUGGGCGGCCAGAGGGCUGCCUGGAGAGUCCUGUCCAGUAUCGAGCAGAAAGGCAAUGAGGAAGGCUCGGAAGAGAAGGGCCCUGAGGUGCAAGAAUACCGGGAGAAGGUGGAGACUGAGCUCCGGGGUGUGUGUGACACCGUGCUGGGCCUGCUGGACACCCACCUCAUCAAGGAGGCCGGUGAUGCCGAAAGCCGGGUUUUCUACCUGAAAAUGAAGGGCGACUACUACCGCUACCUAGCUGAGGUGGCCACUGGUGACAACAAGAAGCGCAUCAUCGACUCAGCCCGGUCGGCCUACCAGGAGGCCAUGGACAUCAGCAAGAAGGAGAUGCCGCCCACCAACCCCAUCCGUCUGGGCUUGGCCCUGAACUUUUCUGUCUUCCACUAUGAGAUCGCCAACAGCCCUGAAGAGGCCAUCUCGCUGGCCAAGACCACCUUCGAUGAGGCCAUGGCUGACCUGCACACCCUCAGCGAGGACUCCUACAAAGACAGCACCCUCAUCAUGCAGCUGCUGCGAGACAACCUGACGCUGUGGACGGCAGACAACGCCGGGGAAGAGGGCGGCGAGGCUCCCGAGGAGCCCCAGAGCUGAGCCGUGCCUGCUACCCUCCAAGCCCUGCCCUGCCCUCUCCAGUCCCCCACCCCCGCAGAGAGGACUAGCAUGGGGUGGGAGGCCCAACCCUUCUCCCCAGAUGCUCUGCCCCAGCUCAGAAAGGCUCCGGAGAGGGAUAAGCAGAGCCGAGGCCUCCUGGAGCCAGAGGAUCCCACUCGUAUGCAGCUGUUGGGUGCUCCUAACCACCGGUCAUCCCACCCACCUCUGCUCUCUGCACCCCCUUCCUCCAGACCCCACCCGAGAACCGGGCCACUUCUUCCCCCGUCUUGACUCCCUCCUGCUCCUGCUGCGCCUGGCUCUUAGGAAUUGAGGAGUGUCCCACCCUUGUGGCUGAGAACUGGACUGUGUGUCAGAGGCUGUGCGUUGUGUGACUGAGUGUGUGAGAGUGAGAGUGAGAGCAAGACCGAGAACGAGAGGGAAAGCUUGUUUGCUGGGUGUGACCACGUUUCCUCUCAAUAAAGUUCCCCUGUGACACUC